AUGUGUCUAAAGCUAACCGUGCUUCUGCUGGGUCUGAGCACCAGCCUUGUGCUGGCUCGCAGGCUGCAGGCGCCGCUGGUAGUCGACGAAAAUAUUCGACAGCUUCAUAGCGAGAGCCUGGUUCUGGCCGAAUCGCAUCAGGCUAAAUCAACGCCUUGCUUCACCAUCUACAAUCCUCAAUUGAACCAAAUCACGAACAACUACGAGGUGGCGUACGAGAAAUGCAUCUCAGCCUAUGAAGCAUGCAGCAAGAGUAUUGAGAAUCACUAUAAACCUGCCCGCCUGGAGCUAGAGUCGACUGUCUCUCAGUCCUGCGAUGCUCUAAGUUACUGCAAUGGCUGGUCGAAUUCCUACACAGCCUUCACUUGCGCCUCCACUCAGGCUGCCGAAGAUUCGAAGAACUUCUAUGCGCUGUCUGCCAACGCUACAAACUUGGCUGCCAACGUCAAGGCGGACUAUGUUCAGAGUAACACUGUGAAGACCGUGUGCGUUAACAAUGCGGAGAGGACCUAUGUUGAGGACACGACUCGGGUCUAUGGCCAAUUGAAUAGUUGCCUUCUGGGCUAUGACAUUCCCAAUCCUCCAACUACUGAUACUACUACCGAGUACCCAACGACGUUGGAAUACUACACAACGAGCGUUACUGAUUAA